AUGGGGCUUGGAAAAUCAAUUCAGACUAUAGCACUGAUUGCACAUACUCUCCAAGCAGCAUUCAGUUACGAGACGAAUUAUCAAAGAGAAAGCCCCGAAAGUCAACUUAGAGGUUCACAUACCACUUUACUCAUCUGUCUCAAGGGGCUUAUGGACAAUUGGGAACGUGAAAUCAAGCUUCAUACAAGACAACCGGGACUCAAGGUUAUGCGCUGGCAUGAUACAAAUAGAACCAGCCGUGCACCAGAAGAAUGGUAUUCAGCAGACAUCAUCUUGACAACAUUAGGUACUCUUCAAAAUGACCAACUUGAUAGUCUUACAUAUGCAACCAAGUGGUACCGUGUGGUAAUUGACAAAGCACAUAUUAUCCGAAAUGACAAUUUUUCCAGCAGAUGUGUCACUGCAUUGAAAGCUGUCAAUAGAUUGUGUCUGACAGGAACACCACUGCACAACAAACUAGGCGACCUUCAGAUGAUGCUGAGGUUUUUACACGUGACCCCUUUCUACAAGGAUUUGGUUUGGGAUACACACAUUGCUCAACCGGUUCAGCGUGGAAAUUUGGCCCCAUUUGGAGUUGAAAGGAAGCAGAAAUUUCAAGGUGGUGAAUUUUUCAAACAACUCACCAAUCUCAGGAUGACUUGCAACCACCCUCUUUUAUUCAGGCAAAUUGAACAGGGUGUUGAUGCAGAAAAUCAACCCAUUAAUCUCAUUGAGCAAAAACUGGGUAUAAAAUUACCGGAUGAAAGAAUUCAUAACAGCAAGGUAAGAGAUGCUAUUCCAACGGACUGGAAGCUUAGCCCAAAGAUUGCAGACUUGGUUCACAUGCUUCAGAAGAAAAAAUCACAUGGUGGUGGAAAGAGUGUUAUAUACACUCAGUGGAAGAGCUUUAUUGAUUGCAUUUGUCGUAUCAAUAGAGGCUGGUGGGGUAGGUUUGAACAUGACAUGUGCGGACAAGGUCUAUUUGAUGCAGUGGUGUAUCUUCAGGAUGCACAUUGGAACCCUCAGGUAGUGCAACAAGCUGUGGACCGCCUUCACCGAAUUGGUCAGGCCAAGCCUGUCAGAGUAUUUCAUGUAGUUACUGUACAGUCAAUUGAGCAGCAUCUUUACAAUGUUCAGAAGAGAAAAGCUGCCCGGGCAAAGAGAGUGAUUACAUUAACUGUCCCUACAGAGGAAUUGGAGAAGGCUGAAGCACUGCGUGUGGAGGAGUUUCCAACAGGGGAUGUAUCAGAUUUGGGAGAUCCCAAUCAAUGCUACCGCAAUUAA